CCAGUGAUGAAGUAUUGAAUUUGUUGUAGGCUAUUAGACAAGGCAACUCCGUUAACAGGCUGAUCAGACAAUGUCAAAUCCUCUUUUUAUUCUUAAGAAAAAAAUUCAGAAGUUCUUAAGAAAAUAUUUGAGAACUUCUUAAGAAAUUUUCAAGAAAGGCACUUAGAAACAUUCUUCUUAUAAUUUAUCCUAAGAACUUUCUUAGUGAAUCCAGCCCCUGAAUCCUAAUACGAUUGGUUUAUCAUUCCAUGAUGCUGAAAAAACUACUACUACAUUUCCGAUGAAGUAAUCUGAUCCAGAAAAGCUAACGUGUUUUUAGCCAGAUAGCACAUUAUGUGCUGUGCACACUGUGCUUCGUGUAGAUUAUAUAAUGAUCUAUGCAUCAGAUUACAUUGAGUUGUGGCUCAUUCUAACAGGAAUCCCCUCCUCUAAGUAGUGGUGUCAUGUGUUUUUUGUUGAUUCAUGUUUUUCAUGUCUUUUAUUUUGAAAGUUAUUUCCUGUUUCAUUGUCAUGUGUCCCUAGUUAUGUGAUUUCAUGUUUUCCCUCCAUGUUCAUGUGUCUUGUUUUCAUUGGUUUAUUGUCUCGUUAUCUUGUUUAGAGUUCUGUUUGUUCAUUGGUUUAUGUUCUCGCAUGUCCAAGUAUUUAACCCAUCAUGUUUUCCACAGUCAAGUCAAGUCAAGUCAAGUCAAGUCAAGUUAAGUUAAGUCAAGUUGUUCAUGUUUAUGUUUUGUUUAGUUUAUAGUUAAAGUUUAUUGGAUUUCACUUUUUUAAAUAAAUUGCACUUGGGUUCUUAUCAUCAUCGUCUCUUCGUUUACCUCAGCGCCAGCGCAACAUUACAGAAUACUUGACCCAACCAUGAACCCAGCAGUUCUACUCCUACGCCUACAUUAGGGGAGUCAUCCCCUAGAGGAUUAUGUCCAGGACCUCUGCGCUCUGGCCUGCCAGAUCACUGGUUCUACGUUCACUGUGGGGGAGGCGGAUGCCGAGCCGGAGUUCCACGACAUGGCUGCCGAGCCGGAGUUCCACAACAUGGCCGCUGAGCCAGAGUUCCUCGUCAUGGUCGCUGUGCUAGCACCAUCGUUUGCCCCGGAUCCUCAGCCUGCUCCAUGCCAUGUCACAGCAACUCCUCAGCCUGCUCCAUGCCAUGUCACAGCCACGCCUGAGCCUGCCCCAUGCCACAUCACAGCCACACCUGAGCCUGCCCCGUGCCACGUCACAGCCACGCCUGAGCCUGCCCCAUGCCACGUCACAGCCAUGCCUGAUCCUGCCCCAUGCCACAUCACAGCCACGCCUGAGCCUGCCCCAUGCCACGUCACAGCCACGCCUGAGCCUGCUCCAUGCCACGUCACAGCCACGCCUAAGUCUGCUCCACGCCUUGUCAUAGCCACUUCUGCGCUAUUAGACCUGGAGAUGGUUCCCACCCUUGUACCCACCCUUAGUUCUCCUGAGCAGGCAAGGGGAACUUUCAACCCUCCGACCCCGCCUGGACCCUCAGAGCCCUGGACUCCGCCUUGGCCUGUUGGUCCCUCGACAUCACCUCAGCUCUGCGUUCCCUCGGCUCCACUGCAGUCCUUCAGCCUGUCGGCUUUGCCAGGGUCCCUCGUCCCUCCGGCUCCUCCUUGGUCUGUCAGUCACCUGGCUCCGCCAUGGCUCUCCAAUCCUCUGGCUGCGCCUCGUCCCUCCGAUCCGUCAGCAAAACCGGGGACCUCCUUCCCUACGGCUCCACCUUGGCCUCAGUCCCACUGGCUCCACCUCAGUCUUCCGAUUCCCCCAGCUCUGUCUUGCUCCUCCGAGCCUCUGGCGCCGCCUUGGUCCUCCCUGCCUCUGACUCCACCCUGGCCCUUCGAGUCUUCGGCUAAUCUCCGGGUAUCCAGUUCUCCAUGGCUCCGCCCCUCGAGCCUCCCAUGGCUCCACCCCCCACAGGCUCCACCCUGAUCCCAUGCUCCACGCCCUGCCAAGCCAUGCCUCAAGACAACCCCCAGCUCCCUAUUGAACUUUGAAUAUUAUGUCAUGUUUUAUGUGUUUUGUUAAUGUGUUGGGGCGUCAGGAGCCGCCCCUUGGUGGGGGGGGAUAUGUCAUGUGUAUUUUGUUGAUUCAUGUUUUUCAUGUCUUUUAUUUUGAAAGUUAUUUCCUGUUUCAUGUCAUGUGUCCCUAGUAAUGUGAUUUCAUGUUUUCCCUCCAUGUUCAUGUGUCUUGUUUUCAUUGGUUUAUUGUCUCGUUAUCUUGUUUAGAGUUCUGUUUGUUCAUUGGUUUAUGUUCUCCCAUGUCCAAGUAUUUAAGCCCUCAUGUUUUCCAUUGUUGGUUGUCAGGUAUUAUGUGUAUGUGUUUGGUAAUGUUGGUUCCAUGUCAAGUCUAGUCAAGUUGUUCAUGUUUAUGUUUUGUUUAGUUUAUAGUUAGGGUUUAUUGGAUUUCACUUUUGUAAAUAAAUUGCACUUGGGUUCUUAUCAUCAUCAUCAUCAUCGUCUUUGUCAUUGCCAGCAGCCAAUCGUUACAAGUGGUAUGUGAUAUUUUAUGUUCUGUUUAUUUUUCAUGAAAAUGCGGCUUAUAAGCAACACCUGUGUACAUGUAGCAUGUCUGUCAAAGACAUGAA